AACAACAGCAGCAGCGGCGGCAACAGCGGGGAGACACCGGCGGCGGCUCCUCGGAAGCGGCAGCCGCGCCAACAGCGCCCGCCCGCCCCGCGCGUCCCCUCCCUCCCUCCCUCCCCCGCCGCGGAGACAGGGGGCAGCGCCGAGAGGAGAACCGGGCUCAGCGUGUGUGUGCGCGGGAGGAGGAGGAGGAGGAGGAGGAGGAGGAGGGGGGACACACCGAGGACUGCGCCGGCCGAGGGCGCACGGAGCAGGGAAGCGGCGGCGGCACCGAGAGGCGGCGGCGGGUCCUUGUGGCCGGAGAGGAGGGCGCAGCCCGCACGGGGGUUUCUACCGAGUUUCCUCUUUUUUUUUUUUUUUUUUUUUUUUUUUUCGGUCUCUGGGACUCAGCGGCGGGUCUGCGUUUGUCUCCGGAUUUGAAUCCUCCUCCUUCUCCUCCUUCCUCGGGGAAGCUCCCCUCCCCGCCCCCUCCCCUCCCCCACUGCCUCCCUGCCCGCCCGGAUCCAGCCGGGCGCCCCGUGCCGCGGUCGCGUUGCUCGGCAGAGCUGCUGCGGGCGCUCGCCGUCUCUGCGCGGGCUUGGAAUAUGGUUGGGGAAAUGGAAACCAAGGAGAAGCCGAAGCCGAGCCCCGAUUACCUGAUGCAGCUGAUGAACGACAAGAAGCUGAUGAGCAGCCUCCCCAACUUCUGCGGGAUCUUCAACCACCUCGAGAGGCUGCUGGACGAAGAAAUUAGCAGAGUACGGAAAGACAUGUAUAACGACACAUUAAAUGGUAGUACGGAGAAGAGAAGUGCAGAAUUACCAGAUGCUGUGGGACCUAUUGUACAGUUACAAGAGAAACUAUAUGUGCCUGUAAAAGAAUAUCCAGAUUUUAACUUUGUUGGAAGAAUCCUUGGGCCCAGAGGACUAACAGCUAAACAGCUUGAGGCAGAAACAGGAUGCAAGAUAAUGGUCCGAGGGAAGGGCUCAAUGAGGGACAAAAAGAAGGAAGAACAGAAUCGAGGCAAGGCCAACUGGGAACACCUGAAUGAAGAUUUACAUGUACUUAUCACUGUGGAGGAUGCCCAAAACAGAGCAGAAAUAAAGCUGAAGAGGGCUGUUGAAGAAGUAAGAAAGUUACUGAUUCCUGCAGCAGAAGGAGAAGACAGCCUUAAAAAGAUGCAGCUGAUGGAGCUUGCAAUUCUGAAUGGCACCUACAGAGAUGCCAACAUCAAAUCACCAGCCCUUGCCUUUUCUCUUGCAGCAACAGCCCAGGCUCCAAGGAUUAUUACUGGGCCUGCGCCUGUUCUCCCACCAGCUGCCCUGCGUACUCCUACGCCAGCUGGCCCUACCAUAAUGCCUUUGAUCAGACAAAUACAAACCGCUGUCAUGCCAAACGGAACGCCUCAUCCCACCGCUGCAAUAGUUCCACCCGGACCCGAGGCCGGUUUAAUUUACACACCAUAUGAAUACCCCUACACGCUGGCACCAGCUACAUCAAUCCUUGAGUACCCUAUUGAACCUAGUGGUGUAUUAGGUGCGGUGGCUACUAAAGUUCGAAGGCACGAUAUGCGUGUCCAUCCUUACCAAAGGAUUGUGACCGCAGACCGAGAGCCACUGUACUAUAUAUUAUGAGGAGGAUGCACGUUCUCAGAUACCUAACUGAAUUCAGAAAGCCGCCACCGGCAACUAACCUAUGACCUUCUGACCUCUGAACUCUUCACCCAAUGAUGACCUGACCAUGCCUGCCUGCUGAUCAGUUAACUGGUAAACGCCUUUGCUUGCCUGUCUUCAGUGCAGCGAGCUGGGGCACUUGUCCGUUCGUCUUACCAUCUAACAAAACAGACAAAGAAAUUGUUGUCCUCCAACUCCGCUUUUUGUUGUUCUCCUGUUUGGGUGAAAGUGGUUCUAGAACCUGCACUGAAUAGUAGUAAAGCAAUAAGGUCCAACUCAUCCCUCCGCACUGAUCAUCCUCUAGUGUCCUGCCCCAAGCGAACGGUAAGGAGGCCUCGCACGAGAUGGAGACAGAUGUCCCUUAACUACCCGAUGACAGAGGCAGUUACUGUGAGAGACUUCUAGGAAUAUUUUUCUUCUCAGAAAAAAAAAAAAAAGAAAAAAAAAGAAAAAAAAAAGAAAAAAAAAGUCAAAGCUCUCUCUGAAUGUACUGUGUGAUGAUGCAUCAUGCAUGAACCUUUGGUCAGGGAUGUCAUUGGGGAAGGGAUUCCAAAAAGUAUUCAAAAUUUGAUACGCUGUUUAGUCACUACCAGUGCCCUCAAAGGGCAGAUGUUGCAGCCUUUUUUCUAUUGCCUGCCAAAUUGGACGUUUUAAAGGAAGUGUGCCGUGAAAUGCAGAUUACGAUGACUUCAGAACUACAUUAAUGCAGAGAACAAAACAGAAACACUAUUAAAGUGAAAUACAAGUUUAAAUUGUUUUAAUCAUAUUUUAAUCUCCUUGGAAGAUUACAUGAGAACAAGGUACAUGCAUUAUGUGUCACAUUACUGGGCAAACUGUUCAAAUAUUUUUUUUAAACCUCCCUGUAUAGAAAAAUUUCAUUAAGGAUGUAAAAGCCAUGCUUGCCUAUUUGCUGUAUACAUGUAAUGAAAAUGUAGAUAAAGUGUAGUGCAUUGAAACAAAAUGAACAAAAAAGUAGAUACUUUUACUAUACAAGGGUGCUGGUGCAGAAAAAAAAAAUAUAUUUUUGGAAAUGUAGCAUUUUAUACUUUCAAGUGUUAUAAAAAAAGAAAAAAAGAACAAAGAAACCCUUUAUUUCAUUAAAUGAUUUUUUCUGGUGGUUGUCAAGAAACAAAAGACCAAAAGAGCCUUUUAGUCUUUCUUUUUUAUUUUCUAAGUAUUGGAAUAAGUCUAAAGAAAAGGAAGUGCCUUAUUUUCUUCAUGGUCAUUUAGUCAAAUGUCUCGUAUAAUCAGCUUCUCCCUCAGACAAGUUACUGCAUGCCACUCAGUCGCCCAGUAUGUGAAAGAAGCUGUGAGGGAAGACAAAUGAUGAGUUGACCAUAUUAAUUACCUGAUUUUUGCCAUACGAGUGUGAUGUGACUUUGCCAAAAUCUCAUUAAGUAUUUGCUAAGUUUUCAUCAAACCAGCCCAUUAUUAUUUCAACCACUCUACUUUUUAAAUCAUAGCAAAUGCCGUACUUGUGCAACGUAAACCAAAGGGUUCUGUGAUACAGACUGUCUCAUGCUAAAGGAGAUUAUUAGCUGACAAAUGUUUGUAGAGCUGGAAGGUAUGUCAUUUUUGUUCAGGGAUGGAGAGGAGUUUUCUUGAUCUUGCUUGAAAUAAAUAUUACAUCAGUUGUAGUAGGCUUCGGCAUCACCCAGAAAAUGGAUGCUCUGCGGAUAAUGAAACUGAAAGUACUUAGCGAGUUUUCAGUCAGUGACUGAGCACGUCCCCAGUUUCCAGGAACAGCUCCUGCAGUGGCAAAAAGCAUGGAAGUUACUUGCUUUUCAGCUCGUCUUUGACUGUUGUUAGAUCUGGCCCAUUGGCUUUUCUUCAAAAGAUAAGCAGGAGAGGGACUUCAGCCAUUUGAAGUCCAGCUAUACCUUAUUUUUAACCCUUGUUUCCACAUGAGGUUCGGAUAGCUGGGCAAUUGCAAGAGCUGAAGCUGUUGAACGCACAGUAUUAAAUUCUGAAAACAUUAAGUAUUACUUUGUGGGGCUCAGUACUAAACUUGGCAAAUAUCAGGUGAUAAUUUUAUUCCCCUCUUGUCAACUUAUUCUCCUCCUGCAAAUCUUCACAGCUUCCAAAUGAAAGGUCAAUAGUAAGCUAAGAGGGCUUACAUUUUUAAGCACCUGCAUGGUGACCUCAUCUAACAUCUUGUCUCACCUGGAAAUAAUUAUCAGUUUAUUUACUAUGCAAUAGACAUUCAUCCUUUUGUAUUCAGCUAGAUUUUUGUUUAUUGUGCCACCGGCUUUGUCUUCCUGUUACACAUACAGUUGUGUUGAUUUUAUUUACAGUAUAUGCUGUGCCAUUUUGAUUUUAUUUUGGUUGGUUGGUUGAAUAAACUUGCGACACUCGAACAUUUGAAGAGAGAUUUGCUAAAACAAUACCAGUAUUUGAUCCAGUUUCAUCUCAGCUAUGAUAAAACCUGGACAUUUUAGACAUUUAUCAAAGGUCUUUUACUGGGGGGGGGAGGGGAAGUGUAUGGAAUAGAUGUGUGACAUGUGAAAGUAAUGUUUGCUCUGAACAAACUUCUGAAAACUUAGUUGACAAAAUUUUGGAUCAACUUAAAAAAAAAGCAUGACUUUUGAAAUCUCUGAAUGCCUUGGUUCUCAGUAUUAUCAUUCUUUAAUGACUUUUUCUUUAUUAAAAUAAGUAGUUUUAAGACUUCUUUCUGACAGUAUUAUGUAAUUUUUUUAGAGUGGGUAGAUGGGAGUGUCGCUUGUAUGUAACCGUACAGAUGACAUGUAUUUGUCUAUUCUUUAUUAUCUUAGUAGUUUCAUGCUAUGUAUGUACCAUAACCAACCUAUUGCCUAUGAGAAACAUGUAAGAUAAUGUAUUUACAGCCAUUGUUACAAGUUUAUAAUGUAUUUUUCUAUCUUGUUUUAUAUGUAUGUUAUAUAACAUUCAAAAGAAUUUUUUUCCUGAUUGAGAAAAAAGGAUACAAAAUGCAAAACCCACAAUUUUGAUAACUGAAAAAUUGCCAAUUGUUUUGCAGUACUUUAUUAUAUUGGGAGUGUUGUCUUUCUUGGGCUUUUAGUUAGCUACUGGAUGAAUACAUUAGACAUAUUUGGGUUUUAGUUGGGUUUUUACAUAGCUUGCAUUUUAAUUCUUUGGUUCUUUGCUGUUUCUAUUAACCCAUAGCAUUAUUUUAAUAAAUGUUAUAAUACCAACCUACUAACUCUGGACUAUGUCUGUUUAUUAACCAUUACAUGUUUAAUUAAAAUAAACAAAUAAAGACGGAAGAAUGUAAAGUCUUGAGUUACUGGACUAACCCUGAAGAACGUGACCACAGAUAACACAACGUGACUUGUUUUUAUGUUGUUUGUCAGCUGACAUUCUGCACACUACUGUUAAGUUGGCUUUGGUCAUUUUGGCCUUUUACCUUGGCGAAUGGGUGCCAGUAGAAAUGGGAACAAAGUAGCAUUUUUUGAGGCAUUCUUCUUGUAGAGUCUUGCCACUUGCCUUUCAGCAUCUGCAUUACUAAUUCCACACUUUCUUUUUCUUUCUCUAAAAUAAUUACUGUUGGCUCACAGCAAAAGAGCAAAAGAUGCCAGUGUAUUGGUAAAUUGUGACGGUGUACAGAAACCAGUUUGAUUCUUUGUUGAACCAUUCAGAGGUUGCAGUUAAUGGCAUGGUAAUUUGUGAUUUGUUGGUUUUGGCACCUGAUUCACUGUUGCAUCAUGUGACAUUUUUAAGCACAGAAUAUUUCUGGAUAGAAUUGCUGUACAUUGAAACACAAAACCUGGGCGUUUCCUUUGGCUGAAGUGCCUUAUUUAUGCCACGCUAUUUCAAGUAACUUUUUUUUUUUGGUACUUCUGCUGUGGUCUGUCAGUAUUGCCUAGCUCAGGGGACUACAACUUCUGUAAGCCAAAGGUCAAACUGGAUCUUUUCCUAAUGACUGCAGAAAGUACAAAAAUACAUUUUUCACUAAAUUACCAAGCAACAUCCAUUUCAAAUUCCAGAGCUGCCUUUUUGUCAUCUUUAUCCCUGUAGAUGACUGGAGCAACAUGAAUGCAGGGAAUUGAGAUGGUGAAAAUGCUGUUUUGAGUGUACAUCUAUGCAAAUAUUUUUACAGAUACGUUUCCCCUUUCUUAGAACUACACUGUCUGAGGCUGCUUUACAUUUCCCAGGUAGUUCUAGAUUUGUAACCUUGAGUGGGCAGUAAUUACCGCUAACGUCAAGGGAGAUCCACAGUGUAGAUAACUUUUCAGGUGUCAACUGUUUUCUUCCUGAAAGUCCAUUUUUUUUCCUGUAGAUAGUAAAAAUCCAGAUGAGGAAUAGGAAUCUGUUCAAAUUCCUCCUUUAAUUUAUGACUUUCAAACUAUUUAUCUUGAAAUACAUGCAAUAUAAAUAGAGUUCUCACAGUAUUGCUAGUAAUUAAAAUUUUAUGCAUCUUUAUUUUAUGGAGAAAAAUAGUCUAGCUUUGAUGAUGUUUCUUAGUUUUCUAAUGGCAUGUAGUUCUUCGUUUUACAAAAAUUUUAGGUAGAGCUGAAAUGCCAAUUUAUUUUGAAUAGUUUCACUUGUGCAGAAUUUUCUUUUUAAUUUAACAGAUCAUGUUGCUAUCCUAAAACUCAGCCACAGGCAGAUGAUAAGAAUAUUAGAUAUUUACAACAGAUAAUAUCAGGACCUUUUGUCUGGGUAAUGGAACAAGUGUCUUUACAGAGCAAAUAAUUUAUAUUCUUAAAGAAUUUUAUCAGAGGUGCACAUGUAGUUUGGUGAAGUACUCUGUCCAGAUUAGGUGAAACUAUUCAUAUGGAACAAAACUUUAAUGUUUUACAUUAAAGAACACUUCCGUUACCAGAGCUACUGCUUUUCUGUAAUAUUUUUAUUAUUUUGUAUUUUUAUCAAUAGAUAUUAAACUACUGUUAUACUUUG